AUGAGUACUCAAGCACCAGGCUAUUCAAGUCAUAAUCCAAUAACUUUGGAUCUGGAUCUGAACCUGGACCUGGACCUGGACCAGAACUUCGAAGAUGCUCUAGACGAUUUCAGUCAAGUAGAUAUCAAAUGUGAAAAUUCCAAUCUCGUUUCUACCGAUGAGCAUAUUUGGUCGAGCCCUCAAUCGUUAAGGCGAAGCCUGCCAUGUUCUUCAAUGCAAACUACUCCAGCGAGGACAAAUGUGUUCAAAGACGAACUUGACUACUUGGCCAAAAAUAACUUUGUGUUUGUUGAGUCUCUAGGAUACUUCUACCUGGAAAAGAGACAUUUAUUCAUAUCUUCAGAUUCGAAAUAUGCUACUUCCAGAUUAUAUAUAAAGUCAAAGCAAGGAUUUCUUGACCUCAUUAGCAAACUAACAAAACAAUCACCUUAUUACAACCAAAUAGAAGGCGAGUCAAAUAUUGUGAAUGUGGCUACCAUUCCAAGCCCUAUCCCUGGCAUUGAAGCCGAAGAAUUUGCCUUCUGUGAUUCAUGUAAGUACACCAGAAACAUUGGUCACCUCCCAGUGAAAUGUGCCAGUCAUGGAUACAUGAGAAGGGGAGAAGGCUAUAGAGUGGAACUGGGUGGUUUCUUUCUAUUGAAGGAAUUCCCACGUAUGCCUUCUUUACCUGCUACUCCUCCGCCAAGCACUCCAAAUGUGACUGAAGGAAUUCAGGCAACACUUUGCUCUUCUCCCAUCUCUCUCCGAUCUAGCUUCAUCAAUAGGGAAUUAAAGGGCCCUCGCUUCACCAAUAGAGACUUACAAGUCCAAUUGAAGGGUUCUAUAAUUACCAAUAUGUGUGUGAGUGAGUCUGAUAAUAUGAGCGCUAAUGCCUUUUUGAAAAAAUACGCCAAUAUUGUAUACAUUCCUAAUGUGGGAUUAUACUGGCACGAACAGGAACGUAUAUUUUUGGAUACAAACUCUGAAAUUGCUCACAACUCGUUGUGUACUAUCAUUGAAAGAUAUAUGUUUCUAUAUAUACAUAUGCAGGCAUUUAUAUCAAAUUCCAAGUACUGGAAUUUGCUAGCCGGCAUUGAUGCAUUGGUCGAGACUGACAAAACUAUUAUUUGGUUGGACGAACCCCUUCAAGUCAUAGAGCCUUCAGUUAUCCAGUACUGCCCUAAUUGUAUCAAUUCGCCUAUCAGCAAUGAUCGUUGUGAUGUCGACAAUCUUAAUAUUCUAACUGGAAUGGGAUACAGAAUCGAGCUGGGGUCGAUUUUCUUAUUGAAACUGAGUGGAGAAAUGACGGGCCAAGGUAAGGAUGCUCCUGAUUCUGAAUAUAUUGCUUCUGAGUCGGAUACUCUUUUCGUGGGAGAUAUUCAAGAAGGCGGCUCAAGGUCGGUAGACAUAGCUUCUGAUAUGGAAAUUGGCACAGUAGAUAAUGGUCAAGAAUGUGUGGAAUUGAAGGUAGUAAAUGGUGCUUCUGAAUCGGAUACUCUUUUCCUGGACGAACAUGACUCUAGGUCGGUAGAGAUAGCUUCUGACAUGGAAACUUGUACAGUAGAUGACAAUGUUCAAGAAGGUGACUUUAGGUCAUUUGACAAUGCUUCUGAUUCUGAUAUGGUAGAUAAUUGCGUACAACCAACUAAAUACUACAUGUGUCAUACGUGUAAGUACAUGUCCCACCACUCCAGCGUUACCGCUCAUAUAAAAAGAGCCAAGCACCAACGAGAAGAGGGACCUGAAAAACAUGUUGUCUUUGGCUACAGUGUUCGAAACGUAGAGGCCAAGACGAACUACUUCUGUGUUCAAGAUCUGAGCGUAGUGGAUAGUUUUUACGAACCAGCAAAGAGGAUUCCUGAUUUGCAAAAUGUAGAUCAGUUUUUAAACAGAUACAGUGGACAUGAGUAUACAAAAUACCGUUCUUUUUUAUCCACGUCUCAUGACAAAAGAUGGCCACGUUUGGUACAAUUGUGCAAGAAAUAUGUAUCGAAGAAAAGAAUAUCAUUGACACCCAGAUCUUCCCUCUCAUUGCUCAUCACAAAUCCCAGAUUUUGCACCACCCCAAAGUCUGCCCUGCGAUACGGACUCAUGCUUGCCAGAUUCCUCUAUGUUGCAAUGAAAAUGUGUGAGUUGAGGGAACACAAAGCUAUGAAAGACUUUGAUCAAGUAUUCUGUGCCAACAAAAAACAGGGAUUGCGAAGAUUUUUCAGUCAAAUGAAGAUAUUUGGCGCGUUCUGGUUGUUGUCUCCGGUGCCAAUGUUGCAAGAAGACGAUCCAAACGCCAUGGAAGAUGUCUUUAUGAACAGCCUAAUGGUGUGUCUUCUUGAUGAAGGAAGAAUAGGAUUCAAGAUCAAGUCGUACCGCUGCGAUUUUUGCAGUGGUUUAUCUUUUGCAUUCAAAUGCAUAGCUGUUGAUGUGAUGAAAAAAGACAAGUCUUAUGUCCGACCUUUUGUUGAGGAUUGUAACAGGUCGGUAUCCAUAGCACUCAACUUUGGCCGAUUUUGCAAGUUCAGUGCCGAUGUGCACUCGUUGAGUCCUCGUACAUUUGGAAGGACCAUGAACGUGCUACAUGUUGGAGACAAAAUAAGAAUAAAUACAUUUGAAGUCGGACUCGACGACAUCAAAAAAUGGGUCCAUACUGCCAUUCAGCAAUAUGUACUUGAAGUUGAGGAACUUUUCAUGGACAUCAACAUCACGCCAACCAUGGCCAUGAAUGAGAUGAUGGCAGCACAAAAACCAAGAGUUGUUGGAAUGCCUCAAACUAGUUACAACUGGGAUCAAAGGGAUAUCGACAGAUGCUUGGAAAUUAAUCUGGUUGAUAAGUAUGACAUCAAGAGUCUUCAGUAUUUCCGUCGCCGACUCUCUAGAUUGAACGACUUGUUUUUUUACAUGAUCUUGUUGACGUGUGGGUCUCCAUACCGUUUAACGGAAUUAUACCUGGUUCUUAUUCGUAAUGAAGAAAGAUUGGGAAGUAAUGUGUUUGUUGCUGAUGGGAUGCUUGGACUCUUUACCAACAAUGGAAAGAACAGUAUGAAGUAUAGUCGAGAACGUCCUAUUCUUAAGAUGUUGCCCGAAGAGGUGUCAGAGUGUUUGGCUCACUAUAUCUAUUUUGUCCGGCCAUUCGAACACACUCUUGUCGAAUACCAAGAACAAACCGGUUCAUUGAGCCACACAGAGUUCAAGAAACUAAGUGAUAAAUACAAGUUCCAUUUGUUCGUGGGAGAGAAACAAAUCAAAAACAGCACUACUCUUGGAAAAUCGUUCCGUAAGUUCAUAAAUAAAACAACUCCAAAGCUUAGAGGAAUCAUGUACGGUGAAAUAAGACAAGUGCUUUCAUAUUUUGUUGGGGCGAACGUCUCUGGGAUGAUUGGAUUACAGAUCAAGAUUGACAACACCCUUGCCGAACAGGCUGGGCAUUCGUUUAGUAGGUUUGUCGAAAGUUAUGCCACAAAUAGAGAUGCUUACAAUCAUGUAAUGCUUCAACGAAUGAGAGACUGUCUGGUAGCCUGGCAUACGUGUUUGGAGAUGAGUACUCUUCAGAUAUUUACGCCUAGCGUAUUUACUAGGAACGAACCACCUAAAUUGACAGGUGAAGAACUUAUAGAGGCUGGCAGACAGAUGUUUGGACAACACUUCAAGUUCAAGGAGGGCCAGCAACAGGCUACAUCGGAUGUGGCCAAUUGCUUCAGUAUGAUGGUGGCUAUUAACCUGGGAAAGACGACUAGUUGCAUCAUUGCGAUGUUGGCGGAGCUUAAUUUCAGUCAACGCCAGUCCCAACGAGGUAGAAAGAUCUAUUUAGUUACGAUAUUUGUUGUUCCAUACAUUUCUACACUCAACUCCACCGUCCGGCAAUUGACAGACUUAGGAUUCAAGGUGCGUACGUUUCAUGGUUCUGCUGGACAGGCCAACGACUAUGAUGUUCUCUUGAUGCUGCUUGAAGAAGGCCACCUUAGAUAUCUUAAUCAGGUAGUCAGACAUUUUGAGUCUACAGUUCAUCAAGGCAGGAGCUUUCUCCGGCGGGUGGUGGUUGACGAUGCCCAUGUUUUGCAGAUGAAAGAAUAUGCGGUAGAUGGCAAUAGAAAUGUACCUGUUGUCUUUUUGACGUCAUUCCUUCCACAGGCUUCAGACAAUUCGAUGCGUACAUUAUUUAAUCUCGACCGCUUGGGAAGGGUGUCGUCACUGGAAAGACUGUUGCCUCACAAAGAAUUCACUCUCUUCAAAAAGCCGAAUGUCAGUUCAAUAAAUCAGACUAUUUUAGAAAGAAUUAGGAGUUUGGGUUCAGCGCUUGUGUUUGUUCAAUCUCGUGAAAAUGUGUUAUACAUGGAACAUCAUUUGACUGAAGAGGAGGUUCAAUGUAUAGGCAUCUAUGGACCACCACAGUGCAGAACAGCAGCUUUAAAUAAGAUGGCCAGUGAGAAUAUCAAGGUUGUGGUCACUACGGCAGAAGCCAUGGUCGGACUUCAUGAGUUCGAAUCUACCACCGUUUUGUUUGCAUAUGCGAUUAAAAACCCGAUAGAAUUGCUUGUUGCCAGUCAAUUUAGUAGUGGGAAGGUGGAGAUGGUGUUGUACAACACUUGUUCCUCCAAGUUUCAACGGGACUUAUUGAACGAAUGUGUCAACAUAAUAUUAAUGAGACACAUGCGUUUAAGGGAAGAAACCUGUUAUGAUGCUGGCAAGGAGCAGUGUCAUGUUUGUUUCAACAAGAGAAGAAGAAGAUUAUACUACCUGAUUUCAUGA